AUGAUAAAUGUAGUAACUUUGUUUAUGGUUUUGACUGCAGAUGCAAGAUCACCAACCUGGGAAUAUGACAGCCUUCACCCAAGGCUGAAAUUGUCUGAUGACCGUCUUGUAGUAAGCUGUAAUUGGAGGAGGAUAUUUUACCCUUGUGGUCCCCAACGAUUUGAUAAAUUAUGGCAAGUACUAAGCAGAGAUGCAUUCCUUUCUGGGAGCCAUUACUGGGAAGUUGACUUGCUUCACGCUGGAGCGGGAUGGUGGAUUGGCGCAGCCUAUCCUUCCAUUGGCAGGAAAGGAGACUCUGAAAGCUGUCGACUAGGCUGGAAUAGAGCAUCUUGGUGCCUUAAGAAGUUUGAUUUUGAAUACUGGGCAUUCCACAAGGGGGAAAGAAUCCCCAUCCUGCUAGAAGAUGAUCCUGAUCGCAUUGGCAUUUUUCUGGAUUAUGAAGCAGGAAUCCUUUCAUUCUACAAUGUUACAGAUGGCAUGGCUCAUUUGCACACCUUCCGCUGCAAGUUCACAGAACCAGUUUACCCAGCCUUGAGGCUCUGGGAAGGGUCUAUUGGAAUAUGCAAAUUAACAUAAGGAACAAAGCAAAAUAAAGCCUACUAUUUCAUGCUUUUUCUAUGAAAGUCACUUUAGCAAUCAUCUACACGAAUUAAUCUCUUUCAUAUGAAAGCUGUAAUUGUGAUGCUUUUAGAA